GGAACGGACGGUAGCGCCAACCGUGUUAUCAGCUCCGAAGCUACGGAGAAGCGUGGCGCGCCGAGUGUGAUGUCGUGUCGUGUUCGUAAUCGUACUUGAAACUUGAACCUCAAAAAGAACAAUACUGGACCAUACCGGACUGCAAUCGCAAUCCCGACAGGUGAGCCGACCUAAGUGACGAGAGACUUCCGAUCUACGAGCCGGAGGAUGGACGGUCACCGGGUGUCGCGGCUCCUGGCGUUCGCGGUGCCGGUAAUCGUAUUCCUGGCCACGUACAUACCGGGCCACGUAGCCGGCUCGGGGGUGCUGCAGAUACGCGGUAUACCGGUGGCGAAGAACCCGUUGUACCGGCCGGAUCGCGACUUCGAGUGCCUGGAUGGUAGCCGGCUGAUACCGUUCACCCGGGUGAACGACGAUUACUGUGAUUGCGGGGACGGCAGCGACGAGCCUGGGACCGCGGCGUGCGACAACGGCUUCUUUUACUGCGAGAACACCGGACACAAGCCCGCCUACAUACCGUCGUCUUGGGUAAACGACGGCGUGUGCGACUGCUGUGACACGAGCGACGAGUACGCGUCCAGGGUGGAGUGCGUCAACAAUUGCAACGAGCUAGGUCGAGAGGCGCGUUUGGAGCAGCAGAAGGCCGAGCAGUUGGCACGGGAGGGUAACAAGCUGCGUCUGGAGCUGGUCGCCAGAGGCAAGACCAUCAAAACGGAGCAUCAGUCGCGUCUGGCUAAGCUGAGAACGGACUAUACGGAGGCGGAGUUGAUCAAGAAGGAAAAGGAGAUUCUGAAGAAACAGGCAGAGGAAUUGGAGAGCUUGGCAUUGGAAAAAUACAAGCCCGCUGAAACGGAGCAAUCUGCCACUGAGGAACCAGUCGGAGAGGAAGAGGACUCGAGCGUCAUUGAAGCAGAGGAUUAUUUCAAGUUAUUGGAUUCGGAUUCCAGCGGUACGGUAACGAUAGUAGAGCUACAAACCAGGGUGACGUUCGACAAGAACAGGGAUGGUGUUGUGUCAGAAGAGGAGGCACUGUAUUUCCUCGGCGAUAAGAAGGAAAUCCCUCUGCAAGAAUUCAUAGAUAUUGCGUGGGCAAACAUAAAGCCUUUCUUGAUGUUGGAGCAAGGUAUGUUCAAAGCAGCAACGGAUAAGGAAGAGCUCGAUGAGCAACAGCCUGCCGAAGACGUGGAUCACGAGAAAGAAGAAGAGGUGAUCGAUGGAGAAGAAGAGGAGGUUCCUGAAGAGGAACACGAAAAGGAACCACCGGAACCAGAAGUUCAGUACGAUGAGGAGACGCAGGCGAUUAUCGACGAGGCUACUAGCGCUCGCGAACGUUUCCAGGAGGCGGAGAAGACCAUCAACGAUCUGCAGUCGGAAAUCAGACAGCUAGAGGAGAAGACAGAACGUGAUUACGGGCCCGAGGACGUGUUUACGUCACUCGAUGGCGAGUGCUUCGAGUACACGGACUUGGAGUACAUUUAUAAACUGUGUCUAUACUCCAUGGCGACUCAGAGGUCCAAAUCUGGCGGUAGUAGCGUCAAUUUGGGCAACUGGAACGAAUGGGUUGGACCACCAGGUGCCAAAUAUACCAAGAUGAAAUAUGAUCGCGGCCUCACUUGCUGGAACGGUCCGGCGCGUUCCACGAUUGUCACCUUGUCGUGCGGAACGGAGGACAAGCUCAUAUCGGUGACGGAGCCGAAUCGCUGCGAGUAUGCUAUGGAGUUCUCCACACCGGCGCUUUGCAACCCUAGUGCGACAGAGACCGAUAGGCAUGACGAACUGUAAACUUACUUGAUCUAUUAGUAAAAUAACGCGAUUGACCGUACACGCAAAUGCGAAUGUCAAAACUUACGUUCUUUUGAUCGGGUGCGAAAGCCGAGUAUCGAGUUGCAAGGAUUGAUAAAAUAAUGUUAAAAUUAAAAAAUUUUUUUGCAAAUAUUUUCAACGCAAUCGCGAUUAGUAAUAUAGCUAGUAAUCUUUAUUUCAAUGAAUAUUUGUUCUUGGAUUGGGACUCAAUACCUCACUUUUCUUUUCUUUUUGUUUCCGGAGUAACAACCAAUUAUUACAAUAAACUUAGGCCACGGAAUGUCAUAAAAGUUUCGAGGCGUUAUCGCUCGCCGUACUUUUAUGUAUUAAAUUUUGUACUCCUCAAAGAUAAAAUAAGAUUGUUACUAUGGAUAAAAUACGUUAUCAACAGCCUAGUCAUGUGUUAGCUUGAUCAAGAAACUCGAUCGCGUUCACGUUAACAAAUCAUGGACCAUUCGAAAUCGUUAUAUUUCGUCGACACCGUAUAUUUUACCGAUUUGAAUUUCUAAUUUUAAUUUGCAUAUCAUCGGUCCUCGCGAUAUAUUAAUAAAAUAAAGAGAAUUGAUAAAGUUUCAUGAUCAAUUUAAUAUGAUACGCGGAUAUAUACUAUUUAAAUUGGACAUAUACAUUUUGAUAACUUCAGUAAUUUGAAACAAGAAUGACAAAUGUAUAAUAAAAAUAUAUUUGGAUUUCUGCUGAAAUGUGCUGCUACGUAAAUUACAACGAUUAUGAUCGUGAUCGAUAAUUCGUCCUUGCAUCCGAGGAGUCUUUACGUCGUAGUAUUGAACGAAGUUUGCUAGUGAUAAAGUUCGAAGAGUAAUUAUCCUGAAUCUUAUCCUGUUUUGUGAAAGAGAUCAUUGUUACGCGCGAAUUCAUUGCCAACGUGUAAAAAAACUUGCUGUUACACAUUCCUCUUUUUGUACACAAAGCGUUUCUAUAUGAUCUAAGAAUAAAAUCAAGUAAUAUUGUGGCUGGCGUAAAAAAAUGUAAAUGAAAUGUACUAUGUAUCACUUGGUACAUAUAAGGGAAAAGAAAUUGCGCACCUUUUCCGGUAUUCGAUUAGCCAGACUGUGUCCUAAUGUUCCGUAUUAUACACUCAAGUUGGUGAUUUUGUAAUUUUUUAAGGAUGCGCCACGUACGUAUACGUGUGCGCAAUACUGUGAGAUGUACAUGUAAUAAAGAGAGAAAGAAAUUCUAUUGUCGAGCCGUAA